AUGUCUCUCAAAGCGCACGGAUCGGGUCUUAUCAGUGGUAUCGCUGGUAUGGUCAACAAGUUUACGGUAUUCACGAGUGGUAAAAAUGUGACCGGACUUACCGUCGCAUUCGAGGGUCCAUCAAAGCCGGAGAUCAGUUUCCACAACAAUAAGGACGGGUCAGUUGAGGUGCACUACAACCCGAAAGUGGGCGGCGAAUACCGCAUACAUAUUAAGUACGACAGCAAAGACAUCAUAGGCUCGCCCUAUAACUGC